AAGUCUGUUAUCUCAGCCGUCGCUGCAAUGUUUGUAACAGGAAGCAAGGACUUUAAUGACGGUUCAACAGUGUGACCACUCUCUUGAUUCAUAUACUCACAGCAAAGCCUCCAUCUGUCUCAUGGAUUAUAGAUCUAAAUUGAUGGCUUCAGUAACAGAUGCCAGAUACAGGCAGAAAGAUACUUCAGAUCAAAAUUUUGAUUACAUGUUCAAACUCCUGAUCAUUGGCAACAGCAGCGUGGGUAAAACAUCCUUCCUCUUCAGAUACGCCGAUGACACUUUCACACCAGCCUUCGUUAGCACAGUAGGAAUUGACUUCAAAGUGAAAACAGUUUAUAGGAAUGACAAGCGGGUGAAGCUGCAGAUUUGGGAUACAGCUGGACAGGAAAGAUACAGGACCAUCACUACAGCCUACUACCGAGGAGCCAUGGGCUUCGUCCUCAUGUAUGAUAUCACCAGUGAAGACUCCUUCAAUGCAGUGCAGGACUGGGCCACACAAAUCAAGACUUACUCCUGGGACAAUGCACAAGUGAUCCUGGUCGGAAACAAAUGUGACAUGGAGGAUGAAAGAAUUGUUCCUGUGGAGAAGGGGAAACGUCUGGCGGAUCAACUAGGUUUUGACUAUUUUGAAGCUAGUGCCAAAGAAAACAUCAACGUAAGGCAGGUGUUUGAGCGUCUUGUGGAUAUAAUCUGUGAAAAGAUGUCGGAGAGUAUAGAAUCAGACCCUUCCAGGGGCACUUCUGGAAGGAGCAUGCGACUCACAGACAACCCACCCCCUUCGCAGCAGAACUGCUCAUGCUAGUGACCUUUCCUGCUGAGAAAUGUCUUCUCCUUUCCUGACUAAAUUUUAUCUUUUCAUUUGUGGUGGUGCAUUAUCAUGUAGUCCAAAGGCAGAAGUCUCUGUUGUAGGAAACUAGUAUGUUUGUUUAACGUGCUGGAGUGUUAAUAUUAUAUAUUUCCUCAUCCAAUAAUUUAAAAAACAAAAAUCUGAAUAAAUAUUGUAAGUGUACCUAGUCUUAAUGUGAGUUCCACUGAAGAAAAAGAAUUGUAUAGUGUUGUAAAUGUUAUUUCCACAGAGAAUGUUGCAUUUUUAAUUAUAAAUUCCUUUACUGCGGAAAGAGGUUUUUUGUCACGAACAGCAGGAAACAUAAAAACCAAUUAGAAGGGACCAGGUCUAAAAGAAAACAGGGAAAAAAAUUUCUUUUAAAGCAAGAAUAUGCUUUUUUCUUUUUAAUUAAAAAAAAAAAAUCAGUCCCCAGAUAUUUUGAGAGUCAUUGUUACUGUCCUCUAGACACGGACCUCUGUUUUCCUGUACAAUGGAGCGGAAAGCAGUGCAUUUCCGUCUGACAGUCUGAGGUCCUCCAGAGAGUGAAGAGGAAGCGGGGUUGGAUUUUCUGUCAAGCCUCUAAAUAGAGGAAGAGCACAUGGAGGAAUCAAAGC